AUGCAUCCCUCCAUUCUCGACACUAGCAUCAUCGACCUGCUCGAGGCCGACCCGCGACCCUCUGUUAUCGUCGCCCUAACCCCGCACCCGCCCACCGUCGUCUACACAAACCCGGCAUUCGCUGCCUAUCCAACCCUCCUCGACCUGAUCACCGCUAAGGGCGAAGAUUGCGGACCGUUAUGGGGAUGGAUCACGGGUGCUUCAACUCUGCCGGGUUCCGACCCCCCCUUAAAUGGCGGUCCGGCCGCGAGCGCGUCCUUUUCAUAUUCCAACGUCUACUGGACCCGGUCCGUAGUUCAUGAGCAGAUGGUGGUGGUGGGCGCCAACGAGCAGCUCCCCCUGACGCAAUCGCCGCGCAAGGUCCGGCUCGAUUUCACCGAUUCUCAGCCCAGCGGCGUCUCACCACCAAGACGCAUCAUGCCUGUCGAGAUCGAGAUGGCCGCCAUCGGCGGCCCGAACUCGGCCUCUUCUCUCUCCUUGCCCGAGAUCGAGCCCCGCCCCAAAUCCACCACCGCCCUCACAGUCAUUAACCCAAGGGAGAGGCCACCAUCUCGUGCCGAGGCAGUGCAGUCCCUCGCGCGGACAAUCACCGACCCUGCGUGGAUAUUGCCCGACACCACCCCAGAGCAACGCCCAUUCCUCGACGACAUAAAUAGCAUCGACUGGGCGGAAACGCCCCUCGGGCCCAUGCGGGGUUGGCAUAGGAAACUUGACGAAACCGUCAACCAAAUCCUCGUCGACAGCCGACCCAUCGCCAUCUAUUGGGGCCCCUCAUACACCGUCGUAUACAACGAGGCCUUCAGCAAGCUUUGCGGAUCAAAGCACCCCUCCAUGUUAGGUAUGCCCGUUCAGGAAGCCUGGGCUGAAGCGGGCCAGCGUUUGAAGGACACGAUGCGUGGCAUCUCUCCGGAGCAAAAGGGUGCCGUCGAGGGCGAGUGGAGAUUCUUCGUCGAGAGAGAGUCCGAGGUCGAGGGCGGCUUACCGUGGGUUGAAGAGACCUACCUGAAGUGGUCCAUGAUACCCAUCAUUGAAAACAAUCAAUGCCUGGGCUUCAUGCACCCUGUCGCCGAGACAACCAGCGUGCGGCUCUGGGAGCGGCGCAUGAAGAUGCUCACUGAGCUCGGCGAAGUUCUGGUCACCGCGAGAGACGUCGACAGCUACUGGGAGAAGGCCAUCAAGGAGCUGGCUGCCAUCGAACCCCGUUACGAUAUCCCCCUGGCAAUCUUGUACACGGUGGAGAAAGACCUUGAGGCGGCCGCUGAUGCGCUGGGCGCGGGCGCGGGCGCGGGCGGCCUCGCCAGGAUAUGCCGGCUUGCCGGAACACUGGGGGUUCCUGACAGCCACCCAAUCGCCCCCGAGACAAUCAAACUACGAGACAGUAGCUUUCCCCUCGCCUCCUCCUUCGGCGAGGCCAUGGAGGCCCUGCAUCCGACCUUGCUCCAGACAAUCGACGGGACACUGCCCCAAUCACUGCUCGAGGAGCUACAGUGGCGAGGCUUUGAAGGGGACGCUUGCCGAGCUGCCGUGAUUUGUCCCAUCCGACCGACCAAGGAUGAUGGCGUGAUGGGGCUUCUCCUCCUGGGCCUCAACCCUAGACGCCCGUACGACAACGAUUAUCGGCAAUUUAUUUCUCUCCUGAGCCAGAAAUUGGCCACGUCUCUCGCCUCCAUCGUCUUGCUCGAGGAAGAGACUCGGAGGGGCCGGAACGCCGCCGAGCAGGCCGCAUUCGACCAAGCCAUGCUCAAAGAGAAGCUGGAGUGGCAGACCAAGGAAGCCACUGAGUCGCUGCAGAUGUUUGAAGCCGUCGCCGAAUUCGUCCCCGUCGGCAUGAGCUUCGGCGACCCGGAGGGCAACAUCACGUAUGCCAACGAUGCCUGGUAUAAGAUCACGGGCUAUCCAGGCACCGGACCAGUCGCCAACCAGGGCUUCCUCGACUGCGUCAAGGAGCAAGACCACCAUAUUAUCAUCGCCGAAUACGAGAAGCUCAAGACGGUCCGCAACGUCGAGUUUGAGUUCCGCGUGAGGCGACAGGGCGAUGAGCCCGACGCGGACCUCUCACCGCCCCCGACCCGCACCUCGCCGAGCUUCGAGGAGGAGGAGAUUGACCUUGCUUCACUGGUGGAUGUGAAGGAGCGCUACGUGCUGGCAAGUGCGAGAGCGGAAUAUGCCGCGGACGGCAGUCUCAUGCGCGUCCUAACAUGCCUGACCGAUGUGACGCCGCAGAAGAGGGUGGCCGGCGAGGCCCUGCGUCGUGCGCAACAAGCGGAAAACCUCAAGCGCAUGGCCGAGUUCGCCACCGUCGGCCUAUACGAUAUGGACCUGGACGGACGCCUGCUCGGGGCCAACACCGUCUUCUUCGAAAUGUGUGGCUUGCGCAAAGUCGACCCAGCCGUCAUCGACGUCAGGCCCUGGCAGAGCUGUGUCCAUAAGGAAGACUUUUCUCUCAUGGCCGAAAAGCUCGAGAAGAUGGUGGACGAAGACAAGGUGCAGAACGUCGAGGUCAGACUCAACACCACUUGGACCGCCGAGGACGGUUCGGGCCAUAAGGUUGUCGUGCCGCGGUGGGUCCAAGCGACAUUGCUGCCCGUCAGGACGUCGGAAGGAAAGAUCCAGAGUUUCACGGGCUGCCUGAGCGACGUGUCGUUACAGAAAUGGCAGCUCGAUUGGGAAAAGGAGCGAAAGGAGGAGGCCAUCGAAUCGAAGCGCCAGCAGGAGAACUUCAUCGACAUGACCUCGCACGAGAUGCGGAACCCGCUGAGCGCAAUCAUCCACUGCGCGGAUGCCAUCACGGCCACGCUCUUCCGCGUUCAGGAGCUUCUCGGAGACACCGCCUACGGGAGCAUUCCCGAUUCGGCCAGCGGAGGCACGGCGGAUUCCAGCACGGGCGGAGUACCGCUAGUAAUCAAUGCGAGUGAGGAGUGGGUGACCGAAGCCCGUGAACUUGCCGAGAAUUGCAUUGACAACGCCGAGACCAUCGUCACCUGCGCACAGCAUCAAAAGCGCAUCGUCGACGACAUCCUGACCAUGUCGAAGCUGGACUCGAGCCUGAUCUCCAUCACGAGGGUCAUGGUUGACCCUAUCAAGAUGGUCAAAGAAGCCCUCAAGAUGUUUGAAGUUGAGGCACGGCGGGUUGAUAUUAACCUGAGCAUGGUUGUCGACCCCUGCUACCACGAUGUCGACAUCAAAUAUCUCGUCUUUGACCCUUCACGACUCAAGCAGGUAUUGAUCAACCUUCUCACCAACGCGCUGAAGUUUACCAAGACGGGACCGACCAGGAACGUCACCGUCGCCGUCAGCGCGAGCCUUACCGAGCCGACCGAGGCCAGCAGCAAGGUCUCGUUUAUCCCGCGCUCAGACGAGUCGCUCGAGGAGAUCUACGACCAGCCCGCCCCCCUUAACCGCUCCAACCCCGUGUUCCUGAUGUUCGAGGUUGAGGACACGGGCGAGGGUCUAACCGAGGAGGAAAAGAAGAGCUUAUUCCAGCGCUUCGUCCAGGCGUCCAGCCGUACCCACGUCAAGUACGGCGGAUCCGGGCUCGGUCUCUUUAUUAGCCGCCGCCUCGCUGAGCUGCAGUAUGGUUCCAUCGGUGUUUCGAGCGAGCCCGGCGUCGGCAGUACGUUCGCGUUCUACAUCGAGGCCUACCGGCCAACCGAAGAGGCCCUGCGCGAGGUGGCGGCCGGCGGAACGAUCGCAGAGUCCCUAUCAGCUCUACGCAUGGACGCCAGCCUAAGCAGGAGGGGCAGCAACAAGCGUGCUAUUAGCAGCAGCACGCUCACCAGCGAGGCCACCACCGCCACAGCAAACCACGAGGGCAACUCGGGCCCCAGCCCCACCGCGACCGCGGCAGCCACCCCCAGCAGCGAGAUCAGCAUCAGCUCGGGCCUGGCGCCGCGCACCCCGCAGAUCAAAGGCGUCCUCGUCGUCGAAGACAACCUCAUCAACCAACAAAUAACCCGCCGCGGCCUGCUCACCAUGGGCUUCACCGUCGACGUCGCCAACCACGGCAUCGAAGCCCUCGACAAGCUCCGCCGGACCGACCGCUUCGCUCCCUCCACCCCGGGCGGCGCCUUCCCCUUCUCCGCCGACCCAUCCACCCCCGGCAUCGGCAGCGGCCCACCCACCAGCGGCUCCAGCAUAUCCCAGCAGCAGACCUUCCCGCUAUCCAUGAUCCUGAUGGACAUCGAGAUGCCCGUGCAGGACGGGCUGACGUGCACGCGGCACAUACGGGAGCUGGAGCGCACGGGCCGCAUCGUCGGCGGGCGUAUUCCUAUUAUUGCUGUCAGCGCCAACGCGCGCAUGGAGCAGAUCCUCGAGGCCAAGGAGGCCGGGUGUGAUGAUGUGCUGGUGAAACCGUAUCGGAUGCCGGAGUUGCUGGAGAGGAUGAGGGUUGUGAUGGGGAGGGUUGCUGGUUGUGGUGGUGGGGGUGGUUAG